GGCGCCGCUGGGCCGCCGCCGGCGAUGCUGCAGCUGCGGGACGCGGAGGAGGGCGCCGGGCCGGCGCUGCUGGUGCCGGCGGCCGAGGCCGAGGUGCCCUUCACGCCGCCGGGGGAGCUCGCGGCCCCAGCGCCCUCGCUGGCCGCGCCCCGGCAGACGCUGCGGCCGCUGGCCGUGCGCAACCCCACCCGCGCGGGGCGCCUGAGGGAGUAUUUCGUCUUCCGGCCAGGAACCAUUGAACAGGCUGUCAACGAGAUCCGGGUGGUGGUGAUGCCCGCGGAGGAUGGCGAAGUCCAAAGCGUGUGGCUGCUCACCGAGAUCGACCACUGGAACAACGAAAAGGAGCGCUUGGUUCUGAUUACCGACCGCUCGCUUUUGAUCUGUAAGUACGACUUCAUCAGCCUGCAGUGCCUGCAAGUCACUAGAAUAUCCCUCAACGCUGUCGACACCAUUUCGGUGGGCCAGUUUGAAUUUCCUCCCAAGUCGCUCAACAAGCGAGAUGGCUUUGGAAUUCGAAUCCAGUGGGACAAGCAGAGCCGGGCCUCCUUCAUCAAUCGAUGGAACCCCUGGUCCAGCAACGUGCCAUACGCUACCUUCACCGAGCACCCCAUGGCUGACGCCGACGAGAACAUUGCAUCCCUUUGCCAGCUGGAGAACUUCAAAAUCCAGCUGGUUCAGGCGGUCAAGAAGGCCCACAAGGAGAGUCCUCUGCCCGGACGGGCCAACGGUGUCCUGGUGCUGGAGAGACCUCUUCUCAUAGAAACCUACGUCGGGCUGAUGUCUUUCAUCAACAACGAAGCCAAACUGGGUUAUUCCAUGACGAGGGGGAAAAUUGGAUUCUAAAAACCAAGGUGGGUCCCCGUUGCCCCCCCCCGGAAGAGGAGAGUUGCGGAAAGAGGAGAAAACCCUUGAUUUUUUUUCCCCCCAGCCCACCAAAAUCUUGCUUGUCGUAAAAUCCAUCCGACGGAUCGACGGGAGAGGCAGCCACAUAGAGCGGUUACCAUCUUGCGGUCCGUACAGUGCCCUAACUACGAUCUUUUUCCUCUCUCUCAGCGUAUCUCAGAUAAUUGUAUGUUUUAACGCAUGCUCUGGAUUUCUCCCCCUCCCCAUGUAAACAUUUGGCCAGGUUUCCUUCUGGCGGCAUCACUGCGUAUUUCACGGGAUUUAAAGGGAUAGCUUGACAGUCUGGCGGCUCGUAUGUCUCCACGUGGCCACCGAAUGUUCUCGUCUCCGGCGAGCUGGAGCUGUGGCGUCUCUGUUUAGAGCACUCGUGCGCAGCCAAAAUGAAGACACGUCCCGCAAGGAACGGCUUCUCCCGAGCGUGCUGCUGUGAAAUUUCACGCGGCAGCGCCCGCGUCUAGGAAUUUUGCGUCGCACAGAAUCACGUUUUUUGUACCGGCGGGGCGAAAGGGAAUUUUCGGUCAGCUUCAGAGAUGCCUUUUCAGUCUAAAACAGGGUCCUAAACUCCCAAAGCACGUGCAUAAAAGCGAGACAGCAGGAACUAGAAAUUUCCUCAUUGAUAAAACUGUCCAAGCUUCGCUCUCGAUUGAAGCUGCCCGGUGCUCGGUUGUGCGAAUCCAAGAGAUUGGCAUCCGAAAAGGGAAUGUGAAAUUGAUAGAUACGGGUUCAUCCUGGCCUAAAGUCAGGAGGUCAUUCCAGACAGAAUUGUGUUGGAAGAAAAGGUCUACUGACACGUGGGGAACAGUCACUUUUCAAGCAUGAACUUUGUUUUGGAUCCCAGUGAGCGUUCUGAGUUUUAUUUCUGCAUUCCUUAAACUGUCCAUAAUGAAUGUUUGACACUCUGCUCCCUGACACCCAUCAUCCAGCGUCCCUCAGUAAUUCGCUGAACGGCGUUCUCUCUGAAAGCGGGCGAAAGGCUGCUGGGAUGAGGCCAGAUGUAUGUCCUUGUUUGUGUUUUAAGCUGUGUAUACCGAAGCUUAAUAAAACUGAAGUCAAUAUGAAUUGCAGAAGCAUUAA